UCUCGGCCUUCCUUGCUCCGGAGUGGAAGAGAGAGAGAGAGGGAAAGAGAAAGAGAGGGAGCGAGAGAGGGAGAGACCCAGGGGCCUGGGGGGCGGAGAUGCCUCUGUCCCGGGGCGCCCCUGCCGUUCUUCCCUUCCUCCUGGCCUUCCUGGUGGGGAGGGGCGCCGGCUCCUCCUCCCAUUCCUUGUGCUAUUUCGUCACCUCUGUCUCCAAGCCUGGGCAGCCGGUGCCCCAGUUUUUCCUUGUGGGCUAUGUGGAUGACCAGCAGUUCAUGUACUACGACACCAAGACAAAGAGAUGUCUUCCUGCCGUUCCCUGGAUAAGAGAAGUGGUCAAGGACCACCCUCAAUACUGGGAGCAGAACAGCCGAUAUGCGUGGAAUGCUGAGCAAGUCUUCCGGGUGUCCCUGGCCAACGUGGCCAGCUACUACAACCAGAGCAGAGGGGCUAAUACAUGGCAAUGGAUGUAUGGCUGUGAGCUGAGGAGAGACGGGAGCAAAGUAGGGUAUUAUCAGUGUGCCUUCAACGGGAGGCACUACAUCAGCCUGGACAAGGAGACCCUCACCUGGAUAGCAGCUGAUGUCCCAGCCCAGAACACCAAGAGGAAGUGGGAGGCCGAACCUGGCAUUGCCUUGAUAAGGAAGGUCUACCUGGAGGAAGAGUGCAUUGAGUGGCUGCAGAGAUACCUGGAGUACGGGAAGGAGAUACUGCUGAGAACAGAGGCACCAGAACUGAAGGUGACACGCAAGGAGGACUAUGAUGGAAUGGAGACCUUGAUCUGUCAUGUUAGGGGCUUCUACCCCAAGGAGAUUGACAUCACCUGGACCAAGGAUGGGGAGGUCUGGAUGCAGGAUGUCUUCCAUGGCCUUGUGUCCCCCAACUCGGAUGGUACAUACUACACCUGGUGGAGCAUCAGGGUGGACCCCAAGGAGCGGGAACACUACAAAUGCCACGUGGAGCACGAUGGGCUUCUGAACCCUGUGGAUGUGGUCUGGGAGGAGCCUGCCUCCAACCUGUGGCUGAUCAUUGUGUGUGUUGUGGGUGUUGCCCUCCUGGUAUCCGGGAUGGCUGGAUUUGCUGUGUAUUUCAAAAAACCACCACAAGGCUACAAAGGACCCUCAGAAAUUAAGCAAGGUUCCAACAGUUCUGGGACAGCAUUACUGGCUGAUCUGCCAUGGAAGAGAAGAGAGGAAGAGUGCAUCCAUUUAAACACCUGGAGCAAUUCUUCAGUGUUUUUCACUGUCUGGUCACCUGUACAGAUUCUGAAAUUUUUCUUUUUUGCAGGGAUAUGAGCUUGAGGUGAUUUGCUUUUUUUGUUGUUGCAGGGAUGUAUGUUAGAAUUCAUGUGCAGCUAAAAGAAUUUUUUUUCCGUGUCAGGAGCGACUUGAGAUUAAUUUAAGCUUUUCAUCUGAUAAAAAAUAGUUGUGCUUGCCUCCUGGAAGAAUGAGGAAGGAAGUCAGAAUAGGACAUUUAUUUAUUUAUUUAUUUAUUUAUUUAUUUACAUCACUUUUACCCCGCCUUUCUCCCCGAGGGGACUCAAAGCGGCUUACAAUAAAUAGGCAAAAAUUCAAUGCCUAAAACAAUGUAAAAACAACAAUUCAUAUAAAACAGAUACCAUUGCAAAAUAAAAUCACAUUAUAUAAAAUUUUAAGCAUGUCCAAGGCAUCCAGUCUGGGCUUCAAGGGGAAGGGAAAGAGCAUUUCUUUCCAUUGAUGAUCGGGCCAAUGGAACGACUACUGACUUGAUUUUAAUAACUGUUUUUAAUAAUAUAAAUUUUAAUAUAUUAUCAACGUUCAAUUUUUUAUGCUUUAUGUUGAGAUGUUCUUUUAUUUUUAUGUUUUCAUUUGUUUUGAUUAAUUUAUAGUUAUAUGUUAUUGUCUUGCUAUUAUCCUUUGGUUUUCACAUGUAUGUACGGCAUUGAAUUUUGCCUUUAUAAUGUUGGAAACCACUUUGAGUUCCCUUAGAGAAAAGCAGUAUAGAAAUGUAAUAAAUAAAUAAAUAAAUAAAUAAAUAAAGUCCUCCACCUGGAAAUGCGCUCCCUUCCCCUCAUAGCCCACAGAAACCGCCGGGCUGUGGCGCAGCUGGCUAGUAACCAGCUGCAAUAAAUCACUACUGACCAAGGGGUCAUGAGUUGAAGCCCGGGUCGGGUUAAGCCCCCGACCAUUAAAUAGCCCAGUUUGCUGUUUAUCUAAGCAGCCCGAAAGACAGUUGCAUCUGUCAAGUAGGAAAUUUAGGUAUGCUUUAUGCGGGAGGCUAAUUUAACUAAUUUACAACACCAUAAAACUGACAGCAGCAUGGCGAAAGGAAUAAGGAAGUAGAGUACUCGGUGUCACUAGUGGAUGAUGAAGCAACAGCUCCCCCUGUGUCCAGAAUCGAGCAUACCCUUAUGAAGCUGGAAAUGUUAAAUGCCUCUGAGUGUGUCUAUACUGCAUGUUGUUUGUCUGGUGGCAUUGUAAUCUGCCCUGAGUCCCCUUUGGGGUGAGAAGGGCGGAAUAUAAAGACUGUAAAUAAAUAAAUAAAUAAAUAAAAACCGUCCUCCUCUGGAGUACUGGGCCAGCAAUGUCUGUAUCCGUACUCCCCCAUUCCUGGAAUCGGCUGGGUAAAGGGAGGAGGUCGAGCUCCAUGGGUGGACUCUCUGCCAUUGUUUAUACAUGCAUCUUCAUUACAGUUACCAUUGGUUGAGGCCCCAUCUACACUGCCAUAUAAUACAGUUUUAUUAUGUAGUUGACUGCAUUAUGAAACAGCAUUGUAUGACAGUGUAGAUGGGGCCUGCAUGGAGGAAUUCCCUUACAUGUGGAUGAGUGUCUGGGGAAAUUGGAAAUGUCUGAGUGACUACAGCGGCUUUUUGUAAAACAGUUUUUUGUAAAAUAGUUCAGAUCAUGUGAUUUUAAUGUUUAUAUUAGGUGGUUGUAAUUUUUAUGUCCUCAUGUCUAAAUGUUGUUUUAUCUUAUGUUUAAUUGUCUUAUUGAUUUUACGAGGGUUGAUUGAAAAGUAAUGCCUCCACCUUCGUAACUCCUCAACAGAUGGCAGUCCUGGUCUGCGGCAGGUCCUGGCUUGUUCAGUAGACUCUCCUCUACAGUUCCAUAUGACGGGAUGUCAGGGUAUUGUGUAUUGUGAAAUGUUAAAAUCAAUCUGGGUUGUUAGAAAUGCCUUCUGUGUUAGUUUUCGGCAAGGCAUUUCAGUAAUUAUGGAGUUAAUGGGAACCUGCUAUGAUUGACGUAUCACAGGACCAAUAAGGUCAAGUUUGUUUGACCGGGACUUCCUUCUUGGUCUGUGAAAUGCAGGGGAGUGUCAUCUGUGCUUGUGUUCGGCGUGAGCUUUUCUUGGAGGAUGGACUGAGAACUGAAUGGCUCUGUUGCCGAAGAGACACUGCCAUGUGUCUGGGACUUAUGGCAAUUGACUCUAGUUGUAUAUAGCUAUGUAAAUAAAGAUUUAUAACCAUUGGAUUUACAACUGAACCUCCGGCUGCUGGAAUUCUGUUGGCCAGUGCUGUUUCUCCGCAAGAGAAGUCAGCCUGCUGAAGAAGGGGGAGGUGAGACCAGAAUGUUGAUUUUUGGAAUCCACUCUGCUACUCAUCAUCCCCCCAACACGGGAAGCCUUAGCAUUGAACGGUUGUGUUGUUAAAGUGUGAAGUAUGGAACCCUGCGCAGAUAGUCAGCCACUGCAACUUAAGCAAUGUGCAGUCACGGAAUUCUUGACAGCAGAUGUUGUCACCCCAAAGGAGAUUCAUCAGAGAAUGCAAGCUGUUUAUGGGGAUUGUGUUGAUGUGAGUCCUGUGCAUCACUGGGCGAGUAAGUUUAAAGGUGUUGAGGUGGGAACAUCUGACUUGCUUGACAAACAAAGAGUUGGACGUCCUGUGACAGCAACCACCGAGUUUCACAAGCAAAAGGUUGACAGAUUGAUUCAAGAUGAUCGUCGUAUCACUCAGAGAAAUUUCAAACAUCAUCGGCAUUGCACAAGAACGUGUGGGUCACAUUAUUGCUUUGCUUGGCUGUCAGAAUAUCUGAGCAUGAUGGGGACUGUGAGACGUCGGUUGCGGAAACAGAGUGUCGACUUCUUCCGUCACGGCUUCAGAAAACAUGUUCAUCAUUGGCAGAAAUGUAUCCAAUUGUCUGGUGAUUAUGUGGAAAAGUGAAUAGUGGUAGUUAAAGAGCAUAUUCUAAGGAUUAUUUCUGCAUUUGAUUUAUUAAAAUAUUCCCAUCCAAACCCAAGUAACAAAGGUGGAGGCAUUACUUUUCAUUCAACGCUUGUAACAUAGUUAAUAGUUAUAUGUUUUGUUUAGAUGUAUGAUUUGAUUUUGUAUGUAUGUGAGUCAUUGAAUUUUCCCAUUAUGGUUGUAAACUGCUUUAUGUCUCCUCCUGGGGUGAGAAAAGCAGCAUAUAAAUACAGUAAAUAAGUAAAUAAAUAAAUAAAUAAAUAACGAAAUAAUCAUUUGGCAGAUGUGCCAUGAAGAACUGAGAGUGACUCCUCUGUUUCUGGAAUCCAGGUCUCUCUUCUUCCCAAUAAUGGAGAGAAAUGGAGCGGGACAUUUGUUCCUCACAUUGAGGCUGUGUCAAAACCAUGUUGAUUUUACGUUGCCUUGACAACACUGCCAAAAUCAGACCUUUUAUUUCUGCUGCCUUUUAUCUAGAUGAUUUCUUUUGCAUUUGUAUUAUAUCGCUUUUGUGAUUUGUUAUUCCUACUUCCCUCUGUGUGUGGAUGUAUACGUAUUUUAGAUUGUGUGCCUAUGGCAAAUGCCUCUGCAUUUGUAAAUCACCGUGUAAAUUUGAUGGCGCUGUGUAAAUAAAUUACAAUGAGAACAAUUGUCA